AACUUUGAGAUCAUUCUGUUUGACCCUGAUGGCAAUGAGUACACUCGGCCACAUCUCAUCAUCUCUCAUUUCUUCAUUAACCUUAACAAGCAUGAUACAAGCCUUAAAUCUCAAGGUUGUAGGAAGAGACGACUCCUUCAACUUGAUUUUCAAGUAAUCCCCAGAAGUAGCUCGGUGAUUGAAGCAGGCAGGCACUUGUUUCCAAUAGAAGAAGGAAGCUCCACCAGAUUUGAGCAGUUAGAUAGAUCAAACUCUUUGAGAUUAGUCAUAUCUCCAAUAGAGGAUGGAAGUUUCACGAGACUUGAACAUCCUCUGAUAUCCAAUUUCCAAAGAUUGUUGGCAGUUCCAAUAGAAAGAGGGAGCUCUAUUAGACUUGAGCAAUUUUGGAGCUUCAAUUGA